AUGACCAGACUCAUGUUCUCGAACGAACAAGCAGUUCCGGCUGUACGCCAGCAGAGGCGUCAGAUCCGCCAGUCCCUGGCAUGGAGCGGGUUCACUUACCAGAUGCAGGAGGAGGCGGACAAGGCCCUGCGGUUGUGCAAAGUUGGUCUCAUGGGACCGGGACAGCAUUGUGCCACCCACGUGAUCCCUACCGACCUCACCAUGUGGACCCACAGCGAUGCCGGUCAGCCGGAGUGGGAGGAGAGUCAGCGUGUGUUGGACGUGCAGGGCCCAGAGAUCGGAACACCUGGAGACUUCGGCGAUCGGUAG